AUGAGCCCAAACACGACUUCCACGACGCCGCAAAAGGGUGUCGUCGGUUCACCCAAUGGAACCAUCGACAGCUCGCCCGGUAACGGCAACGACCAUGGCGGCGAGCAGAAAGACGCCGACGAGGCGUGGAGUGGCGAUGAGGGCGAGGAGGUGGUGGAAGCCGACGGAUCGCGCAAGCGAAAGCGUCCCAUGAGCGUGUCGUGUGAGAUGUGCAAGAGUCGCAAGGUGAAAUGUAGUCGUGGGCAACCCAGCUGCGACUGGUGUGUGCGCAAUGGCCAGAUCUGUGAGUACAAAGAGCGCAAGAAGCCUGGUCUGCGAGCUGGCUAUGGAAGAGAGCUGGAAGCACGGCUCGACAAGCUCGAAGGUGUCCUCGCCGCUCAGCAGCAGGUACUUCAACAAGUCGCCAGCGCACUGCCAGGAGUGCAAUCACAAGUGCAGCCACAAGGACAAACUCAUGCCUCUCCUGCAAGUGUCCAUUCCCAACAUGCAUCGAACACGGCAUUGUUCAUGCAAACACCCGAUAUGUACCCCACAGCAGCGGCGAUACAGUACAACAGGCUGCAAUCACAGGACGGCAUGAAUGCGCAUAACGCGGCACACCAACGCCAUCCCUCGCAACAUUCGCUUCACCUGCCUUCUGCCACGUCGAAUGAUCCAUACGCCACCAGCAACGGUCCUCUCGAAUCGCCAAGCAUGAACAUAACCGGAGGUGCAGGUCAAGAAGAUGCGUUGAAAGCGGUUUCUCAAGACCAGCAUUUCCCGCCCUAUGAUCUCCUUUAUGCUCUGGCAGAUCUGUUCUUCAAGCAUAUCAACACCUGGUGUCCGAUCUUACAUCGAAGGAGUACCCUCGAUUCGUUGUUCGGCUCGCAUACGCUUGAAGAAGCGGAUCGCAUACUGCUUCAUGCGAUUGUGGCGACCACGCUGCGCUUCUCUACAGAUCCGCGACUGAGCGAUUCGGCUCGAGAACGGUAUCAUACCAUAUCCAAGCAGAAGGUCCUCCUAUACGGACUAGAGAACAGCUCUGUGAAGGCGCUUCAGGCUUUGGUCAUACUUGCUUUGGACACAGUCGGAAGUUCGAAUGGACCACCGGGAUGGAACCUCCUUGCACUGAUCACCAGAAGUGUAGUGCAGCUGGGAUUGGCUGUGGAGACGAGCUCGACUUCAGUGGCGCCUCUCUUCCCCUCCAUAUACACCCUUCGAGCAAUGGUCCUACCCGAACCCAAAUCCUUCAUCGAAGACGAAAGCCGGAGACGACUAUUCUGGAUGGUCUACCUGCUAGACCGCUAUGCCACCAUCGCAACAGCUUUCGAAUUCGCAUUGGAUGACAAAGAAAUCGAUCGCAAGCUACCAUGCCGCGAUGACCUGUUCGCGCGGAACCAGCCAGUCGAGACAAGGUGGUUCCAGACCAUGGAGGGCGAGCAGCACUCACUCAGCGAGAUGAAUCAUCCCGAAAACUUGGGCAGCUUCAGCUACUACGUCGAGAUUCUCGGAAUUCUCUCGCAGAUCCAUCGCUUUUUGAAGAAGCCUGUCGACAUAAGCGCCUUAUCUGACGUGGAGCAAUGGCAGAAGGAGUACCGUCAGCUGGACGGCAAGCUCAAUCAGUGGAAGUACAGCCUCCCAAGCGAGUACGGCAACAUGUCUCGCUUAUUUAACCCUAAUGGAGGCAACAAGAUUGUGAACUGCAUCUGGAUCAUGCUGCACAUCACUUAUCAUACUACCGUGAUCCGAUUACAUUCUUCGGCAGCCUAUCCCACGACCCGAUCACCCAUCUUCACUCCAUCCUUCUCCGCCAGCCAACGCUGCCACACCGCAGUCGAAGACAUCUGCGCCCUAUGUACCUACGUGCGCUCCAAUCAAAUGCUCACCAAACUCGGACCACCCUUCGCGUUCAGCUUAUGGGUUGCGGCCCGACUCCUACUUGUACAUGGCUCCACCAUUGACCACCAUGUCAAUCCCGCCAUUCACCCCCUGGUCGAUACCCUACGUGAACUGGGAAUCUAUUGGAAAGUCGCAGAACGGUAUGCCACACUUCUGCAGCGCGUCAUGGACGAAUAUAGCGAAUCCGAAAGCGCGCCUGUGCCAGCAAGUGGUGUGAGGGAAACACCAAGUACUGUCAGAAUCUUAGCCGACAUGCGUCGUUGCGCAUAUGAUUUGGACUUUUUGAUCUCGAGACAACCGAGGCAGACGUAUUUUGGCGCGAAUAACAGCAAGUCUUUGACAAACACCCGCGGCGGCAGUAAUCAACAACAACAACAUCCUUCCAUGACGACGCCCAACAUGAAGACUCCGGCGCCGAAUGAGUUGGAGUAUUUGGAUGUGUUUGAUUUCUUCAAUAUGCCCAGAUUGCCGCCUGCUCCGAUGGGAGGACCUGUUGGAUCGGGAGAGGUGGGGAGUAGUAAUGGAGAUGCGAAUGGGAAUGGAAAUGGAAACAGUAUGCCUGAGUAUCAGUCUUUUAUGGAUUAUCAGAGUUUGGAGGGGAAUCAUGGGACGGAUUGGCUUGUACAGUGAUGAAACGUUUCGCAUUUGUUGUUGUGUAUAUUGGACAUGAGUGGACAUAUAUUGGGCUCGAUGCGAUACAGUCACAGUGUACAGAAGGCGUGCAAAAAGGUGCAUUUCGGCCACUUGUAUAUAUAAAGCGAUCUAUGCCUUGGACUCUAGUCUCAUCCUACUCUUUCUACUUCUCGUC